UUCGGCAAACACCGUCAUCUGUCGUGAACUGCGACUCGGUGUAGGAUGGAGGAAGAAGCACGCAAGCUCCUCGAAGAAGGAAUAAGAAAGAAAUUGGUCAGUCCUGGUAAAGGAGAGCUGUCCACCUUCCCCAAUGGAACCAAGGUGGUCUUCCACUACCGCACCAGCCUCUGUGAUGGUACAGUGCUGGAUGACUCCAGAAACAUGGGGGCCCGCAGCAAACCCAUGGAGCUCAUCUUGGGCAAGAAGUUCAAACUAGCUGUGUGGGAGAGAGUGGUCAUCACCAUGAGACAAGGCGAAAUUGCAGAAUUUACCUGCGACACCAAGCACACCGCACUGUACCCACUCGUAUCCCAGUCACUGAGAAACAUCAGUGCUGGUAAGGACCCCCUGGAAGGCCAGAGGCACUGCUGCGGCAUUGCCCAGAUCCACUCCCACCACUCUCUGGGGCACAAGGACCUGGAUCAGCUUCAGGCCAGUCCACAACCUCUUGUCUUCGGCAUCGAGCUGCUGGAGGUUCUACCUCCCGGGUCAUUCCAGCUGGAUGUGUGGGCUAUGACAGACGAAGAAAAACUGGAGUUUGUGCCUCAGAUCCACGAGGAGGGCAACAUGCUCUUCAAACAAGGCCAAAUUAAGGAGGCCACAGACAAGUACUACAAUGGCAUUGCCUGCCUAAAAAAUCUACAGAUGAAGGAGCAUCCUGGAGAUGAAGCAUGGGUAAAGUUGGACCAUAUGAUCACACCACUGCUUCUCAACUACUGCCAGUGCAAGUUACGACAGGGCCAGUACUACGAAGUCAUCGAACACUGCUCAUCCUUGAUCUUCAAAUAUGAAGAUAAUGUGAAGGCCUUCUACAAGCGGGCCAAGGCCCAUGCUGCAGUGUGGAACGAGACAGAGGCACGAGCAGACUUUGCAAAAGUGUUGGAGCUGGACCCUUCUCUGGGACCAUCUGUAGCCAAAGAGCUGAGAGCCAUGGAGGAGAGGAUCCGCUCCAAAGACAAGGAAGAAAAGGGUCGUUACAAAGGCCUGUUCAACUACAACGCUCCACCAGCCACUGCCACCACAGGUUGAAUCUGUCAUUGGGUUGGAAACAAGAGGAUGCCCGUGAAUUUCAAGAUGGAGGAGAAACAGUAUGCUGCUGGUGUUUUAGUUUUAUCCAUGAUGCACCUAAGACAAACACUCUGCCACCCUGCCCUCCAUGGUACACGCAGAAACAUUCUUACACACUGUUAGGUUGUGACUCACAAAUGCACUUGCAAUUCACUGAGGUGCAAUUUGCAUUCCUGCCUUAUUCCUCUAAACUCCCCGUUUAAUUGUGAAAUUCAGUUUUUGAUGAGGAUAUGCUGACAUUAUCAGGCUGACUUUAAUGAAAAUUCAAAAUCCCAUGGUAACAUUAGGUCUGCACUGGCCAGCAACUACGUUAAUUCACAGCAUUGUGGUCUUCAAUAUGAAUGAACUCCAAUUUCUUACUGAGCUUAAGGUUUCAGAAAUGUUAACACUCUUGGUGAAUAACCUGCUCACAGUAAAGGGCUACAUUCAGAAUGAUACCCUUAGCAACGGCUUUCUCAGCAUUUGUUGAGAGAUUUUUCUUUUUUUAAUGAUUUAAUUAUGAAUUUAUCAGUUUGUGUUACGUCAUUAUAUGGCAAUUUAUAUAGCAAACACCAAUUUUCCACAAUAUUAAACAAGUAGCUUACGUAUUUAACGUUGUAUUGCUUUCUCUGAAACAUGUGCAGAGCUAUUGGACAAUCUUAAAGUACUCCUAACCGUAGCCCAGCAGGGUAAAUUUACUAUGAAUUCCAGACAGAAACGCUCUCCCUCCUGAAAAUCAGUUUGUUUUGCACAAGGAACAUCAUGUACUCAACAUGCACACCUCUGCCUUGCACUGUCAGACCAUGUUUUCUAUCUUGCUCACAGUAGAAGCACUGGAAUAAGCAGGAGGAGACCACCAUCUCCUGGGAAACCAAGCUGUCUGUGACAAUCAUUAUAUAACACACACACUUUGCUUUCUCCUGUGUACUUAUUUCAUAUAUGUAAGAAAUACCAUUAUGUUAUUUUUGUCAAGAUGUACUCAGCAAAACCCUCAGUAUCUCUUUUGACUUGCUUAGAAAGAGCCAACUCUUCAUGUGAAGCAGUGGGUCAUUAGCCUCACCUGUUGGAACUGAGAUGCUAUUGAGGUUAUGAUUAUGUAACUGAAAAUAAAUUUGUUUAUCCCCAA